AUGGCGGAAGUAUCAACUUACUUGCUGCUGGUGCUGCGUGGACUGGAGUUCCUGGUAGAGGAAGAGAUCCGGUCUAAACUGCAGGUGGAGAGUCUGGAGAUAUGCAGCGUGCAGGAGAACCCUUCACCGCCCUACAUGCAGGUGAUGCAGGGCCAAGCGGCAGUAGGUAGGAUCAUCCUGCAGACAAAGUCGUCGGCUGCGGAAGUACAGGAGUUGCGGUCGGUACAGGCGACGCUAGCGUUGUUGGCUAAGAGUGGCGAGAUCGACACAGAGAGCGACGCUGGUGUGAAGCAGAUUGGGCAAUUGGUGCAGAAUGCUGAUUGGGACUCGGCUGUGAAGCUGUGGAAACAGCACUCUGUGCGUCCGGUGGAGGACAGUGAGAUCAAAUUCCGAGGAUCGUGUGUGCGUGAUGGUAAACACAAGUAUAACUCGCAAGUUAUAGCUGGGGAAGUUGGUGCUCGAGUGGUGGAAAAGUUCGGCUGGGCUGUGAACCUGACGGAGUUCGACUUGGAGGUGGUGGUGAUCAUCUUCUACAAGUUCAUGGUUGCUGGUAUUGCACUGGCAGAUCCACGCAAGAUCCAGUUCCGCAACCGAUUGGCAAACGAGAGUCGCAGUGCAUUAGCCGAUAGCGACUACAUUUCGACGCUGCGUCCAAGCACUGCUUACCUUAUGCUGCAGCUCGCGCAACACAAAUAUGGCGACGUGGUGCUGGAUUCGAUGUGUGGAAUUGGCACUCUCCCGAUUUGUUCGGCUGAUUUCACGAAUGACGGCGUGUAUGCUCUUGGUGGCGAGCUGGAUGAGUUACCAUCCGGAAAGGCAGGUCAGAACGCGGUUACUAGGCCACGCCCCGUGGACAUUGCGCGCUGGGACAGUACGCGGUUGCCCCUACGCAGUCACAGUGUCGAUCGAGUCAUGAUCGACAUGCCGUUUGGUGUUCGCUGUGGCAACCAGCGUCAAAACAACAAGAUGUAUCCAAAGGUCUUCAAAGAGUUGCUCCGUGUUCUACGUCCCGAUGGUCGAGCAGUGCUGUUGGUGAUGUCCAAGAAGCUUUUCAAGGGAGUCGUCAAGGAUCUACCCGUCCGAGUCGUAGCUGAGCAUAUGGUGAGCAUCGGCGGUCUGGGCGGCGGUAUCUACGUUAUCGAGCCUGCUACGGCCGCUCCUUCUCAGCCUACAGAGAACUCCAUGUCGACCAUGGUAGGCAAAGGCCGCGGCAAGCGGCUGACAGAUAGCGAGCGUAUGGAGAUCAUCGCGCGUCUAGAGGACCCUUCUAGCCAAUUAUCAAAAGCAGAAUGUGCUCGUCAACAUGGCGUGACGCCCGCAGCCAUCAGUAAGCUCAUGAAGGUCAGUCAAUCGGUCAAAAAGCGCUACUCGGAUGCCGGUGCGGAUUCCGGUGGAUUCCGCGACAAGCGCCAGCGCGGCGGCUUCUCCAAGAAUGUCCCAUUCGAGGACGAACUGUUUCGGUGGAUCUGUAGCGUCCGAGCGCGCAAGGUGCCGCUGCUGGUGUCCCACGUACAGUCGAAGGCUAAAAUAUUGGCCACGAGACACAAGAUGAAGGAGGACUUUAAAGCUUCCAAUGGAUGGUACUACCGCUUCUGCAACCGGUAUGGGCUUACGCCAGCCUCGCUACAUGCUGGAAACUCUACGUCAUCAGGCGUCGAGACGCAGCAGAGUUCGACGGGGGACAUGAAGAAGGAGGGAGCCGAGACGACUCAUGAGUGGACCAAUCUGAGGGACAAGAUUAAGCAGUUUGGACCUGAGUUCGUGUACACGUUGAGUGAAGCCCGGCUAUUCUAUCAGAUGUUGCCUAGAGCUCUGGAUGUGAUGCCGGAGCAUACCGGGACGGGUCAAGAGACGGCAGGGAUGAUAGCGAACGCUGUGGAGAGGAACGGUGCAUCGGGGAAAGCUGCUCGUGUACUGGUAUUGAUGUGUGUGAAUGCAACGGGUACACACAAAAUCCCGUUGCUGAUUGUAGGGAAGGAGAAAGCGCCUGCGUGUCUAGCUGCGAUACAUCCGCAGCUUCUUCGAGGAGAUAUCAACAGCAGUGUUGGGAUAAGCGCGUCCUACUACAGCCAGCGCGAUAUUUGGUGCAGUGACCGCACGUUCAAGCAUUGGUGUGAACGCGUUUUCUUGCCAGCUGUCCGUCAACGCACUACACAACCCGUGCUACUGAUAACGGAGAAUCCUGGAGGUCGUCUUGCUGCAUUCCAGCAAGAAAACGUCUCCACAAUAUUUCUACCAUUACGUACGAACAGUGGGGGUGGCGAUAUAAAUCUUUCGACCCAGCAACACUCUCUCCCUGCUAACGGGAACACAUUCCAGCCUCCUCAUGCUGCUGUCAUCCGCGAUCUCAAGCACCGCUACAAGAUUGGUCUUUUCCAGGAGCGCUUGAACUUCAUUGAGACGCCAGACGACGAGAAGUAUCGACUGAUUCAACGUGCAGCUAAGAAGCCAUUGGGUACUGCAGGUGUAGCGCUCGGACGCGUCCCGAACUUGAUUGACGCCAUGAGUCUACUGGAUGAAGCGUGGGCGGCCAUCCCGCCAUCUCUUAUACGACAUGGCUGGAUCAAAGCCAACUUGGGGAAUAAUUCCAUUCUUUCACCUGAAUCGAUGAUCCGAGAGCAGAAUGAUGACGCCGUGGUGAUGGAAUGUUGCUCCAUGCUGCGCAAUUUGAACCUUGUCGACGAUAUGAACAAACUGGCCAAAGAUAUCCGACUUUGGCUUUGCGUCGAUGAUGAUUCUAGUGAACAAAUGCAACAGGAGCUGCUGUAUGAUCUCCAGCAAUUACUACAAGAAGAAGAACAGCAGCAACAACAAGGAAGGGACCAAAACCUCCAUCAACCAGCUUCACAGAUGGCGUUUCAGCAGAACUCAACAGCCUUCAUGGAUGCUGGUCUAUCUACCAGUUUCGAUCCGAGUCAAACGGGGUCGUAUGUGUAUCGUACUGCUGAUGGUCGAGCGGCGUCAGCACCGACGAUGGAUCCGAAUGUGGUACAAGAAGAGAAGCGCAAAGCCAUCGUGUUGGCGCUGCAUACACUUGCUGGAGCUGAGGAAACGCUAGAUAACGCUGAUGUGGCAGAGUAUUUUGGCGAUGAAGCAGCUGGCCAGGCGAUGGAAAGCAUCUCACGAGCACUACGACGAUUGCGUCGUAUUCAACGUGGUAAACAGUCCGCUCUUGUCGCUGCUGCAGUGAACGCUGCAGCCAAUGGGGAUGCAAACGACAGCACUGGUGGUGCCUUGAGCACUCAUGAAUACUUCUACGGCAAUGGCGCUCUAGGCAGGAACGUGUAAAGCCAAGAAAAUGUGAGUGCAGCCGAGCAAUGUACGUAAGUAUUUGAUUUGUCACAAAAUGGAGCAAUGACGAGCUUCGUCGUGCUCAUUGGAUGCUACCACAUGUUGAUCUGUUGUUACUUCCCCUGACUGCCACGAGUGGCGACGUCCAGUGACGAGGAACUUGGACUUUGGAGAAGGUGUUUUCGGAGUUUCUAGUGGAUUUGAUUUCCGUCGAAACGUUGACUCAAGUGGGCUUCGUGAACCCCCCGUUGGCGUCACGCUCUUGUUCAAGCGCUUUCCAGCUUCUUUGAACUCUUGCUUAAACCGUGGCGGCAGAGUGGGCUUGAUCUCCAGAGCCCAACGCCAGUAUCGCUCUUCUUCCUUGCCUGAGUGGGGCAAGAUAAGCCGGAUAUCCGUCAUGCACACUGGACAUGCGCUACAAGAUCGUGGCAAAAACAAGAAAGUUACAAAUCUGAAGCACGACGAAUACUAUCGCGACCAGCUUACCACCAGUCCAUUGAUGACGAGUAAUCUGUGGAAAUGUUGCCUGAUUUAAUGCAGCCGUCGCACACGCACAUGUGCUGACAAGGGAAAAAGACUGAGGUGGGUCUUGUGUUGACGCAGUACACACAAAGGGUACCCGUCGGAUAUGAGCCGUCAGGGCGGCGUGUGAAUGGCUGUAGCUGACGAAAAUCUCUCACGAGGUCCAAGUAGUUCUUGGUAAGCUCCGUAGUAUUGGACUUCUGCACGACUGCUGACUGUGAACGUUGGCGAGGUGCAGGCUUUUGCUGUUGUACUUUGGCUCCAGCGUCAUUGAUUUCCAUAGGGGAAUCUGUGGGAAUCGCAGAGCUGAGAUUGUCUGGAUUUGGUUGUUCCGUGGAAAUUUGGCCUUGGAAAGCGGCUUGGAGAUAUUUUUUCGAUUCGAGUUCCGCUACGCUUACGGUAUUUUCUUCUACUGAGGCGUGGUCUCCCCCUUCUCCUUCGGAUGCGGUGGGGAUGACAGAGGCAGAGGUGAUGCCACGAACCAUUUGCGCCAGUCAGUGUACUGCUAUUAACGAGCAAUGCAAAGUGCUUAUUGUGAUCUUACUUCCUAGACAAGAACGACUGCAUUGCUGGACUAGGAAUAGUACUAGUCAAACUGUAUGCUAAUUGGCGAAUGCAAAAGCCACUUCAACUUGCAUCCGACU